UCCAAGGGAAAGAGGACGAAGGUGCCUUCUGUAGACACUCCUGCUCUCUCCCAGCCCCACCUCAUAGAUGCAGUAAGAAGCCUCAGGUGAGCAAUGGCAGGCGCUGGUGAGCGCAAAGGCAAGAAGGAUGACAAUGGCAUCGGCACGGCCAUUGAUUUCGUGCUCUCCAACGCCCGGCUGGUGCUGGGGGUGGGGGGAGCGGCCAUGCUGGGCAUCGCCACGCUGGCCGUUAAGCGGAUGUAUGACAGGGCAAUCAGUGCCCCGACCAGCCCUACCCGCCUGAGCUGUGCAGGGAAGAGGAGCUGGGAAGAGCCAAACUGGAUGGGCUCCCCCCGGGUGCUGAGCAAGGACAUGAGGACAGGCCUGAGCCGGUCCCUGCAGACCCUUCCCACAGACUCCUCGGCCUUGGACGCAGAUACAUUCUGCCCACCCCGACCCAAGCCAUUGGCCAGGAAGGGCCAGGUAGACUUGAAGAAGUCACGACUCCGCAUGUCCCUGCAGGAGAAACUUCUUACUUACUACCGGAACCGGGCAGCCAUCCCUGCUGGCGAGCAGGCUCGGGCCAAGCAAGCUGCUGUGGACAUAUGUGCCGAACUCCGGAGCUUCCUGCGGGCCAAGUUGCCUGACAUGCCACUUCGGGACAUGUACCUGAGUGGCAGCCUCUACGAUGACCUGCAGGUGGUGACAGCUGACCACAUCCAGCUCAUCGUGCCCCUAGUGCUGGAGCAGAACCUGUGGUCGUGUAUCCCUGGCGAGGACACCAUCAUGAAUGUCCCUGGCUUCUUCCUGCUUCGUCGUGAGAACCCGGAGUACUUUCCUCGUGGCAGCAGUUACUGGGACCGUUGUGUAGUGGGGGGCUACCUCUCCCCAAAGACAGUGGCAGACACGUUUGAGAAGGUAGUGGCUGGCUCCAUCAACUGGCCGGCCAUAGGGUCCCUCUUGGACUAUGUGAUCCGACCAGCACCACCCCCAGAGGCCCUGACGCUGGAAGUGCAGUAUGAGUGUGACAAGCAUCUCGUCAUUGACUUCCUGCCAUCAGUGACCCUUGGUGACACUGUCUUGGUGGCCAGACCACACCGGCUAGCCCAGUAUGACAACCUGUGGCGGCUGAGCCUGCGUCCUGCUGAGACAGCACGCUUGCGGGCUUUGGACCAGGCCGACUCAGGCUGCCGAUCUCUGUGCCUCAAGAUCCUGAAGGCCAUAUGCAAGUCCACUCCAGCGCUGGGCCACCUCACUGCCAGCCAGCUCACCAACGUCAUCCUCCACUUGGCUCAGGAGGAGGCUGACUGGUCUCCAGAUAUGCUGGCCGACCGAUUCCUGCAGGCCUUGAGGGGACUCAUCAGCUACUUAGAGGCCGGAGUCCUGCCCAGCGUCUUGAACCCCAAGGUGAACUUAUUUGCAGAGCUCACCCCUGAAGAAAUAGACGAAUUGGGAUACACUCUCUAUUGCUCAUUGUCUGAGCCGGAGGUGCUGCUGCAGACGUAGGGCAGGUGAAGGCCAGAGUGGGUGUCAGGUGGUCGGGCCCUGGAUUCUCCGUUAGAAACACUUGGCUACAUAGUUGGUGCCUCACAGGGUCCCUAGGUGCCUCCUGUCUCGCUCGUCAUCGCCCCGGGCACUUCAUGCUGAUUAGAAUGAUGUCUCUUGUCUCCUAUUUUCUUACCCAGCCCUUUCUAUUUUUGUUAACAAACACUGUGCUCCCUACUCCUCCCCUCCUCCCCCUUGUUCCAGGCUGAUUUUUCUGGAAUGAAUUGAGAAGGUGGAGCACUGGCCUGAGCUCUUGAGACCACUUGGUGUUUUGCAUUUUGGCCCAGGUUUUCUGCUCCUGUCUGUCCUGCCCUGCCCUUUGGCCUGUUCCUUUUCAGUGUCUUCUCUCUUUUCCUCUUGUUCAAGCCUUCUGUGUUGCUCUUUUCCCUGGAGCAUAUCUGCCUAAUCAAGAUGUUGCCUUUUAGUUGAAUGUCACUGAAGUUAUGAUUGCAUGUUUCCAAGCUGAACUCUGCAGAGAGUGCUCAGAUAGUAUUUAGGGUUUCUGGGGGUGAAGCUGGGCUGAGAGCUGGCCUUUGACCCAGGUUGCUGGAGAAUAAGCCCGUUCUCCCUACCUCCUGACCAACUCCAUCCAUAAGGACUGAGCAGGUCUCGUGGGAACAGUGUUACUGACCACACAGCAGUGAGGGCUCAAGAUAAACUGGAUGCAAAGUCACUUGGAGAUUGUGUUUCUUAGCGGCCAUCAGGGAGAGCGCAGAGUCGGGGAACGGGAGGUGGUGAAGGGGGCUGGGGGAGGGUCUGUGUGCCUCUCGUCUACGCCACAUCUGCACCACUGUGUGCAGGGGUCAGACGAGGACGGAGGCAAGGGGCUGCCAGGGCAGCUCCUCUGCACGAGAGCGCCGUUGUUCACCCCCUUCCUUGCCUUAUUGCCAAUUAGGACGAGGCCUUCAAGGACACAGCCUUAGCAGUAGAGGCUGAAGGGAGGCUGACAGGUGGCUGAACGUCAGCUGGAAAAUCCAGUCACCAGCUGGGGCUCAGUGACUUGUUUCUGCCCUGUCAGGCCCUGCCUUCCUAGGAUGUCGCCUUAGAGCAGGAACAGGCCCAAUAGCCAGCCCUUCAUUCCCCAGUGCCUGCCAUAGGAGUGAGCGGGUGUUUCCGGAGCUCUCCAGGCACCUCCAGAGGCCAAAGGCAAGCACACGUGCACACACUUCUUCCCCACCCUGCCUCAGCCAGCACCUGGGGAGAACGGUGCUACCUAGGAAGAGAGCACGCGGAUAACACAGAUGAGAGGGAGGUGGGUGCUUCCCACGUUCCUUCUUGUUUCCCGCCGCUCAGAUCGCACUGUUUAUUGCAAUGUAAAAGUCUCCUGACGGUGGGGAGGAGUGUUCAAUACACAAUGUCAGCACAUCUUGUUCUGUGUUUUUUUUCCUGAUUGUGGCAAGAGGCUGAUGAUGAUUCUGUUUCUGAUCUGCCCAUCCAGUAUUUUGUUCUCCUCCCAUCAAGUCUUAUUAUUUUUCUAUUCUUACUACCUCUCCAUCAGUGAGGUUCUGGUGAUGCUCUCUGCAGCUGUCUCAUUCCUUCCCAAUGACAGCGACAUGAAAUGACUCUUUAAAUAGCACUGAAACCUCAGCUGCCCUUUGAAUUUAGGGUAGAGAUUCCUGUCCCCUUUUUGUCGUGGGUUAGGAGGUUGAGAACUAGGGUUAACCUUGGCUAUGUGUGGAGAAUCUUCCUGCCUCUUCUGUCAUAUAUAUGCGAGGGUUCCUUAAAGUGCUUCAGUUGUUUCAUUUGUAUGAAGGUAUUAAGAGAGAAUGAAAAAAAUAAAGCCCAGAACCCUGAGAGAGAUGCUCCACCCUGGCUGUUCAUCAGAAUCAAAUUGGAGCUUUAAAAAAUCUCUAUGCCUGAGUGCUGCCCUGGUGAUUGGUGUAGAGGGUGUGUGGUGGAGCAUGGCAUUGAGGGUUCCCAUGCCCCCAUCUGGUGUCCAUUAGAGGGAAGGGAGAGGGGAGGACUGACCAAGUGUUGCAAAAGCAUGGGUUAUUCUUCAUUGUGAGAAAGGAUUUGGUUUUCCUGAUGUGAGCAUCAUACAACCUACAGUUUUCCCACGCUGGCAUCUCUGACUACAUUCCAUAUAAAACAUUGGAAGGAGAGCUCAAAAAAGAAAAGAUUUUAAAGACCAAGUCCCAAAGUAUCAAAGCCAAGUGUAAUUGUGGUUUGAGUUUAUCUCUUCCCCUAAAGAGCAUCUUUCUAAGGGCAUCUCUGUCUCUUAACUAUGUUUCACGAAACCAAAAACCCUAACUUUACCAUUUCACAAGGAAGAGCUUCUUAGUAGUCCUCAGAGCUAGAAGCAAUGGGAAUUCUCGGCCCUGGUCCUGGUGGGUUUGCUGGCAAGCCUCAUCAUAAAACAUGGAAGACAGUCAAGUGCUUUGAGAUUCUUGGAUGGAAGAGGGCAACAUUUGCUCCCUCCCCCUUUUUUUAAUCUGGGGAAAGAUGCAGUGCCUUUCCCUGCUGUUCUGCCUCUCCACUCAGCAAUUCCCACUUUGCCUGAAGUACUAGUGUCUGCUCCGACUUCUUUAUCUGGAAACUUUUUUGCACCAUCUAGGUUAGCAAACCACUUAGCCUAAUGCUUAAAAAAUAUACUCAUCAUCUUGAAAAUCUAAUCAGUUCCAAAGUGUAUUUUGGUUUUCCCUGUUGCCCUUUCCUAAAAAAUGAGUUCAGGACAGCAGUGUUUUUCUCCAUAUGCUUGGUUGUUGACUUUUUUUUCAAAUAAAGAAAUAAUCAAAGCUCACGUUUGGAAAAGCUGUGUUGAGGCCUGUCUUUCCUCCUGGGUCUUGGCCCCUGGUAGUCCACCAGUUCACACUCCAGAUGAGCUGAUUUUACUCCCUUGUACUCUGCUCAAGCUGAGAGCACAAAUGAUUUUGACGAGGAAUCAGCUUCAGGAUCAAAAGGUCCUGGAGAGGCCCCGAGGGAGCUCUGUAAAGAGGGAUCCCGGCCUGUGUCCAGAGCCCUCUGCCAUCUUCCUCGAGACUGUGACCCUGGCUGAGAACUGCUGCUCUCAAGGGAACCCGCCCUUCCUGCUGUGAAGCUCAAGGCCAAAGUGAAUGGUAGGACUGUACUUAGGACUAGAGCUGUGAGGCUGUAGCCCUUUUAGACACUGCUGAUUCUAAGUGGCCAAAAUACCACAGAUGUGGGUUAUGGGGUUAACCGCAUAUAACAUGUUAUUAAGUUUUUCAUUCUGACUAUCUCAUAGUCUUUAAAUUCUUGGUCCCUAAAGCCAAGUCCACAAUUUACUUCCAGUCACUUGCCUGCCCUUGUGUAGCAGUUGAUGUGUUUACUGGUCGAUGUGGAAUCAGUCACCAUCUUUUUUGUCCUGUGUUGGCUAGGUCCCUAGAGAAGCAGCUUAGCCCUGAGGCUCAGAGAACUGCUAUCCUUUUUCUCCUUGAGGGAGGAAAUAACGCUGGGGAACAUGAUGUCCUUCCACAGCGUGGGAAGAAGAAAAUAAGUCUCCUUUCUAACA